AUUGAAAGCUCUAAAGUUUCAUUGUUAUAGAAAAAGAUAAAGCAAAUGUAUUUAAUUUUUUUUAAAGCUGAUAUCUAUUAUCUAUUAGUAUGUAUAAUAAAUUAUCGAAAUACCCCUGAUAUGGCAUCAGCCUUGAUGCUACGCUACACAAGAAAUCAAGGGUUUCUCAUAAACCCCAAAAGAACCCACUUCUAUUCAUCUCAAUCACCAUCUGAUUAUUAUUCAUUCAAAGAUAGCAGCAUACUCAAUCUUAUACACAACUUGACCCGAUUCUACCAGAUCCAGACCCGAUUCAUAACCUCCGGAUUGCUCCAAAACCCAUCAAUUGCUGGCCGAAUUUUGAAGCUUUCUUUAACCUUUUGCGACAUUGAUUACACUUUACUUCUCUUCAAAGGUAUUGAAUUUCCAGAUACUUAUUGUGUGAAUACUGUAAUCAAGGGCUAUUGUUGCUCUUUGCCCCCCCAUAAAGUUGUGAACUUUUAUUGUGAAAUGGUUAGAAGAGAUGAUGGGGUUUUGUUUAAACCUAAUAGUUUUACUUUUCCACCUUUGAUUAGUGUGUGUGGGAAAUCAGGGGAUUUGUUGUUGGGUCAGGAGUGGCAUGGGCAGGCUGUCAAGGUUGGGGUUGAUACAAGUUUACAUGUGGAGAAUGCUUUGAUUCAUAUGUAUGCAGGUUGUGGCUCGAAUGAUGUUGCGUGGAAGGUGUUCGAUGAAAUGUCUGUGAGAGAUUUGGUGUCCUGGAACUCUAUGGUUGAUGGGUAUGCGAAAGUCGGUGAUAUGGGUAGUGCUCAUGGGUUGUUUGAUCGAAUGCCGGAGCGGAACGUGGUGUCGUGGAAUGUGUUGAUGAAGGGUUAUUUGGACGGGAAGAAUCCAGGGCUUGUGUUGAAGUUGUUUAGGACGAUGGUUAGGACGGGUGUUAUAUGGAAUGAUACGACGGUUGUGAGUGUGGUUACGGCUUGUGGCAGGUCGUGUAGGUUGAAAGAGGGGAGGUCGGUUCAUGGUUCGCUGAUUCGGAUGUCGGUGAAUGUGAGUUUGAUUAUUGGCACGGCUUUAAUCGAUAUGUAUAGUAAAUGUGGGAUACCAGACGUUGCUCAGGUUAUUUUUAACAGAAUGUUAGUUAAGAAUUUAGUAUGUUGGAAUGCGAUGAUUUCAGGGCAGUCGAUAUAUGGAAACGCGAAACACGGGCUUUGGUUAUUCGAUAAAAUGGUAGAGCGAGGCAAAUUCAUUCCGGAUGAAGCCUCUUAUGUAGGAGUACUAUGUGGUUGUGCGCGAUUAGGCUUGUUGGCAGACGCCAAAAACCAUUUUCUUGAAAUGACCGAUGUUUUUAACGUAAAACCCAAUUUCGCACACUAUUGGUGCAUGGCUAAUCUUUAUGCUAGCCAUGGUUUAGUUGAUGACGCGAUUAAAUUCUUGAAGAAUAUGCCAGUCGACGUUAAUAUGUCACCGCAAUCGUCAACGUGGGCUGGUUUACUAGGAUCGUGUCGGUUUAACGGUAACAUGACUGUAGGAGAACGAAUUGCAGAAGCUUUGAUUAAGGAUGACCCGUUGAAUCAUUCGUAUCAUGUGCUGCUUAUCGUAAUCUAUGCGGUAUCGGGGAGGUGGGAAGAUGUAUCUAGGAUGAAGUGUUUGAUGAUGGAGAGAGGAUUUAGUGUACCGGGUUUUAGUCUUGUAGAAUUGACUCAAAUAGUUAACGGUCUUGAAGUUGGAGAUAAAUGGGAAGAUAGCAUAUCUAAGCUCUACGAGCACGGAUAAUUUGAGGGUUUGUUUGGUUAGUUUGACCCCUCUUUGUUCCAUGGUUUAGUAACGGUCUCACUGAUACUCCGCUUGAUGGAAAACGGUGCGAGCGUUGUUGAAUUAUCCUAGUUUUGGUCCAAACCGUCUAACCAGCUCAUCUUGUUAGCUCUUCGUAAAUUAUUUACGUUACACUGAAAAUAAGAUACUCGAAUUGCAUAAUGCCCUUCUUUGUAAAUUAAUACUGUUUUCGCAAUUAUGGUUUAAGAAGUUAUUUAUUGGAAA